CAUAUAAUCACCUCGUACCUAGUCGUUCACGCACUUUGUUCGUGUUUGGUCGCGCAGAAUUAAAAUUUAAAUGACAUAUUGUUAAAAUACAACUAUAAUAUAUAUUUUUUAAGAAUUCUGCGAUUUAGUACUAUCACGGUAAUGAAAAGUGAAUUUAUCGUCCUCUGCAUUGUGGAUUACUAUACAAAUAAUUGUUUCGUUGUGUGAAACCUCAAUUUAAAAAAAAAAGAAAUAUACAUAAGUAAAUGUAAAUUUGUUAUAUACAUUAAAUAAACAGCUGUUCAAUGACUUUUAUACAAACGACAAAUAAUCAAGUGUGUCAUACUGAUUAAAAAAUAACCACAAGAAAACUUAUUAAAAUUUAAUUAUUAUUUAAAAUUAAUUGAAAAUAUUUAAUUAUUUCUAAUUAUUUCGUGAAAAAAUUUAAUUUUAGAAUUAAAUUUCGAGUAAAAUAAUAUAUGUUUUUUUUAUGUGACAGAACAUAAGAUAAAUAUUUAAGGUGAUGAGAGUAGUUUGCAAAAUAUUUGCACAUACAAAUGAAUUAAGUUAAUAAAUUAUAACAAACCAUGGUCGAUUUUUAUUCACGGAAAAUAAAAAAUUUCAGUUAGAAAAAAUUUAAAUAAAUUUUGAUAUACCUUUUUAAAAUUUAUACAAAUAUAGUAAAUCUAGGGCAUCUAUUGUUCUCAAUACGCUAAAUUUUACAGAUUUGGGGAGCCCCUACGAGGGGCCUCCCAGCACACCUAAUUCUGGAAUGGAUGGUUCUGAUACUCCCCACACCCCAAAAUUUUUAGAUAGCGGGGUUUCAACUACUAUACCUGGAAAAUCUGCUUUUGUGGAAUUACAGCAACACAGUUAUGGUGCCAUACGUAGUGGAUAUCAUAAUUUUGGAACUCAAGGUGGACAAGACUCAAGCUUUCCAAGUCCUAGGCCAGCAUUAGGAUAUCCCUUUCCACCGAUACAUCAAAACUCUUAUUCAGGUUAUCAUUUAAGUACUUAUACUCCACAAUGUCCUAGCCCGCCCAAAGAUGAUAAAAGUGAUGACACGAGUUUAAGAAUUAAUGGCAAAGGAAAAAAAAUGCGGAAACCAAGAACAAUAUACAGCUCUUUGCAGUUACAGCAAUUGAAUCGAAGAUUUCAGAGAACGCAAUAUUUAGCUUUGCCUGAAAGAGCUGAAUUAGCUGCUAGUCUAGGUUUAACACAAACUCAGGUUAAAAUAUGGUUCCAAAAUCGUAGAUCGAAGUACAAAAAAAUGAUGAAGGCAGCACAAGCUCCCGGCGCAAGUGGUAUGUCGUUAGCCGUUCAAAACGCAACUUCUCAAAGUCCAAACCAAAACUUAAAUUCUGGAAACAAUUGUGGUUCUAAUAGUGGCUCUCCAUCACACUUUCUACCUCCUGGACACAGUCCAACGCCAUCUAGCACACCGGUAUCAGAACUUUCUCCUGAAUUCCCGCCAACCGGUUUAAGUCCACCUGCGCAACCUCCGUGGGAUCAGAAGCCCCAUUGGAUUGAGCACAAGCCACAGAUUGCUUCUCAAACGCCUUCACAUCACUUACACUCCCAACCACACCACGCCUCUCAACAAAUGGGCGGAUAUGUACCUCAAUAUUGGUACCAACCCGAAACAAAUCCAUCGCUCUUGACGUAG